AUGGCUGACUCUAAGAGCACUGUUUCUUCCCCCGAAAACGCUCGAGCCGCAUCGGUGCGAGCAGCAGAUAUGUCUUCCACAAGGGACAUUCCCAUGUGGAAGUAUAUAUGGCAGCAUAGUUUGACGCAGAUGAUACUCUUAAGUAUUCAAGCUUUUUGUGGUCCUGCUAUGUCUGAUGCCAUUGCUGGAUUGGGUGGUGGUGGUCUUGCGACGCCUCAGGUAUCAAAUAUUUCUACGGCUUUGAGAUAUGCUGCUCUGGCUUUCACUUGCUUCAUGGGUGGUCCAAUCGUUAACAAACUCGGCGUCAAAUGGGCGCUUGUUAUCGGAUCCAUGUCCUUCCCCAUCCAAGGAUCAGCUUACUACUGCAAUAGCAAAUUCGGCAAUCAAUGGUAUCUCAUCCUCAGUGGUGUAAUUGGCGGUAUCGGAACCGGCUGUUGGUACGUCGCCGAAGCCGGUGCCAUCAUGACCCUUGCGCCAUCUGGUGCUCGCGGUAAAUACCUGGCGCUGUGGAUUGUGUCGCGAAACUUGGGACAGCUUGUUGGUGGCGCUAUCAAUCUGUCCAAGAACAACGAGAAGGGUGUUAGUGGUGGAGUAACACCCGACACAUACAUAGCAUUCCUCAUCAUUGAGUGUCUAGCUCUUCCAUUUGCGUUUAUGAUCACCCCGUUCGAACACGUCAUUCGAUCUGAUGGUACCAAGAUCGUCACGGCUGAGACUCUUUCCACGAAACUGGAGAUUAAACGUAUCGCCAAAACCAUGACUUCCAGACUCAUUAUUUUGUCUUCCAUCUGGGCCGUCUGGUCGUUUUUCUACAGUGGAUCGUGGUCAACGUACCUCGGAAUCUAUUUUACCGUCCGCGCCAGGGCUCUCUCAUCACUCAUCUCACCGUUUUUCUGCAUUAUCGGCUGCUUCGGUCUUGGCUUCAUCCUUGACGCCAAGAAACUCGCUCAACGUCGUCGCGCUCAAAUCGGCCUUUACACCGUCGUCAUACUCAACGUGGGAGUCUACAUCUGGUCCAUCAUCAUGCAAGUUCGCUUUAAGCGCAACGACCCUGGUGCAAUUGACUGGGACGAUGGCUUGUUUGCGACAUCCUUUUUGCCGUAUUUCUUUGUGCAGACCACGGGACCGCUGUCGCAGAGCUAUAUGUAUUGGCUCUUAUCUUCUUUUGCGACGGAUGCACAAGAGAACGUGCGAAAUGGUGCUGCGUUUAGAUGUCUCGAGGCCAUUGGCCAAGCCAUCGCGUAUGGUAUGAACACUCAGACAAAGAGUGAUCCUCUGGUUGGCUUCUGCGUUACGUUUGCACUUCUCGGCGCUUCGCUGCUGCCAAUGAUCAUGCUUGUCAACACCACGCCUGACAGGAUCCCUGCCGAUGAGAUCGCGGAACAGAAGGCUAUGGGUGAGAAGCUUGGGGACAUUGAGGGUCAGGCUGUUGCGAUUGAUGAUGGACAUGUUAAGAAAUGA